UGCCCUCUGCCGAUGGAAAGAUGCGGUUCUGGAGAUAUGGACCGUUCCGAUGGUGGAGUGCACGGACCUGGAAAAGAUUGAAGUUUGCUCACACAGAGGCAAUUUGGCCAAAGAUGAUCGCAAAACCAAAGUGCUCACAACAGCUGGUCUGAGCAAAGUCUUUGAUCAGGGCUUUCGAUGUGCGGACCUUGAUCUUUCCAGAGAUGGCAAUGCACAGCGUGUGGGACAUCCAGCGGAUCUGGCACUUUUCCACAACGGAUCCCUUCACGAGGCGAUGACUUUUCCAGAGCUUCUCAUCGAAAUGAAGCAAAGACGUCCAAGGCUCAUCGGCUUGGAGCUGAAGAGUUCUGAAGGCCCAGCUGAGCUGAUGAAGCUCUUAGAAGACUUGCGCAAAGCUGGGCUGCCCUGGCAGAGCACAGCUGUGUGGUACCUACCCCAGGAUAUUUCGCUCUUCAGCCAAUUGCACCGACAACAGUAUCCGGAGAUUCUUGGCAUCAUGGCCAUGUUUGAUCGUCCUUGGCACGGUGCUCCUGCUGCCUCCAAUGAAAGUUUGGAUCUUGCGGCUGAAGCUGGCAUUCAAGUGCUCGGAAGCUCCGUCCAUGUGAGCUCCCGGCUCCUGCGUGAAGGACAGCAGCGAGGCUUUCAAGUCUUAGCUUUUGGGGUCAACUCCAAGGAAGACCUCAUCAAAGCGGUUCAGAGCGGUGUGCACUUCGCGGUCUCGGACGACCCCUUGGCAGUCCGUGAGGCGCUCGAGGAACUGAGAUCGACCUUUGGAUGUUCAGUGGGCUUCAACUUCCGGGCCAACUUCGUGGAGGUGGUCGUAGCAGUUCUGGCCAUUGCAGUGGCUUUCGUGAACCACGGGGAGCGACAGCCCUUGGAUUCAAGAUGUUUCAAGAUCCCUUUGGCCCUGCGGAAAUAUGAAGCCCAUAUUGCUCGUCUUUAUGGCGGCUACAAGCGCGCCCAAAAUUUGUACGGACGAGCAACCUACCAGAAGGACCCAGCGCAAGUGGUGGUGCGUUGGAACUCAGCUUGGUGCCUGCAUCAAUCAGACUGCCGAGAACCAACGGUUGCCAUUCGUGUUGAUGUACCAGGAGCCAAUGGCCAGUUUGAUCGCCUUCUGUUCCUCGAGCCCCUGCAGCUUCCCGCAGAGGCGGCCGAUCCUCGUGCCUUACCAGCGUUUGGUCCUGGUGAGGACAUUGAAUCCAUGUUGAAGCGGCUCAUGGGGCGGCGAGGGCCAGAUCCCCGUGUUAAUCAGUGGAAACUGAGUCCAGGCCGCGACUGGUGGGCGACUGGUAUGGCGACAUCACCUAGUGCACUGGAGGCAAUCCAACGCUGUUGUGAUGAUUUGCAAGGUGGUAGGCACUGGGCGGGGGGCGCCUUCUACUCCUUGUGGGUGAUGUUGCUGGAGAAAGCGUUUCCUGGCUCAGAACUUUUUGCCAGACAGAAAAGCUACAGCACUGGCGGAAAGACGUGGCGCUACCGGCUGAGGCUGGACGAUGAGCGUCUGGAUCCACGGGAAGAUCCUCGCAACAACGGCCUCGUGCAGGAUGCGCUGUACCUUGUACAACUGCACAACAUUUGGGACUCCAAGACAUGGGGAGGUGCUUGGGCAGAGGACUCAGAGGACUCAGAGAGCCGCCGUGGUACACUGAAUUGGUUCAGCUCAGGCUGGGCAGCUCCCACCUUUUUCGCGCUGUGCUUGGGUUGCCUAUAUCUUUGGUUCCUGGUUUUGCGCGUGCCCAAGUUGGGUGAAGAGCUGGCCGAGGCAUGGCCUGAAGAAUCUGAACUGCUGACACCAGAUCCCACGACGGCCACGACGGCCACGACGGCCACGACGGCCACGACGGCCACGACGGCCACGACGGCCAGGGCCACGCCAGUGGAGGCACCUGCGGAGCAGCCUGCGGAGCAGGCUGCGGAGGGCACUGAGCCGUCUCACUGUGCUGCGAUGCCAAUGAGCGAUGCAGAAGUUUCUGUGGCGAAGGGAUCUGGAGAGGAGCCGGAGAAGCUGGAAGCAGACGCCCAAAAUCCGGAAGAGAUUCAGAAUUUUGAUGAGCAGGUCACCGAUGAGGGUCAAGAGACCGAGGGGCCCGCAGAAGCAACGCCAGAUGCGAGCGAACAACAUGCUGAGCCGGAUGCUGAUGUCGACGACAUGGUGGAUGCGGCGAAGGCACAAGAGCUUAGAUUGGAGGGCAAUGAACACUUCAAGGCAGGGCGACUGCAUGAUGCCAGGGAGGCCUACUCAGAAGCCUUGCACUUGAGUCCACCAGCCGGAGAUCCGAGCUCGGAAGCAAGCAAGGACAGGGCAGUGUUGCACUGCAACAGGGCUGCUUGUCUUCAGCGUCUUGAGCGCUGGGAUGAUGUGGUGAAGGACUGUUCGCAGGCAAUCAAGCUCGACCCAUCGUACGUGAAAGCUUUUGCUCGUCGCAGUGUCGCUUAUGAAGAGCUGCAAAAGUGGCAUGAUGCCUUCGAGGAUCUGAAAAAAUCUGUGGAACUCGACCCAUCUUUGCGUGCGAAAGAAAGCCGACGCAUAACUAUUCUGGAGAAACGGGCGCAGGAGCAAUUUGAGAAAGACAAAGAUGAAAUGCUGUCCAAGCUGAAGGACCUUGGAAACACUGUUUUGGGGAAAUUUGGCAUGUCGACAGACAACUUCAAAUUGGAGCAAGACCCAGACACUGGUAGUUAUUCCAUCAAAUUCCAGAACUGA